AAGUACAAAGUAAACAUCCUGGUUGGUUCAGUGCUUAUCUCAGAGUUUCAGUGUGCCACACCCCUGGGUGUUACAGUUCAUCAAAUGCAGGAAACGAAACUUAAGAGUGGAACUGUUGUUCAGUGCAGCUUUGACCGACUCAUAGACUGUGUGGGGAGAGACUGAGACGGUGAAGAACUAACUUCAGCAACAUUACGUUUCUAUUCCAGCUACAAGAAGGAUCCUAAGGACAUCGUUCAACACUAAAGAUCCGGACUUUGUGAUUUCGAAACAUGUCUGGCAAUCAGCAAAGACACAGGCAGCAAGUUGUCCUCUGCGACAUAUGCACAGAGGACGACAGGAAACCAGCCAGAAAGACCUGCAUGAAAUGUGAGAUCUCCAUGUGUGGGCAGCACCUGCAGGUCCACCUGACCACGCCGGUGUUACUCCAAACUCAUCCUCUGACCGAACCCAUGGCUCUAUGUAGCACCACCAAAUGCCCCCAGCAUGGCAAACUCCUGGAGUACUACUGCUUGGAUGAUAUGACCUGUGUGUGUGUUUCCUGCGCCAUUGAAGACCAGCACCGCCUUCACAAUAUGAAAACCUUCUCCACAGCCCACAAAGAGCUCAUGGAGAAGCUCCCAGGUGAGCAGAAGGCACUGGGGGUGAAAACUGAUGAUGAGAAUGGGAGUCUGGAAAAGUGGGAGAAUAGUGAAAGAGAGAAGCUGAGUAACUCGAGCCUGCGUCUAAUUGAGGCUGUGACUAAGAUGCGUGAUAUGUCCCUGACCAGCGUCCGAACUUCAGUUUCUGCUCGGAUGGGGGCCUUAAAAACAUCCAAGAGCAGCCUGCAGGUGGCGCAGAGCGAGAAGGACACCUUCAGAUUCUUGCAGAUGUAUUCACAGGUGCAUCAGGAUGUGGAGGAGGCCAAGGCCGUGGACCUGAGGAAAGGGUUGCUUCCCAACAGCGACCGUGACAAACUCGUCCAAGAGAUACGACAGAAUGGGGAAAACAUGAUGGAGCAGGCAGAACACUUCUGGGGAUCCUUGUUUACUCUGAUCGAUCCGGACCAGGAUCUCCUCAGCACUGGUCCAGACCUGAUGUUUGAGCCUCAGGUUCUCGGCUCCGGCAUCUCACUGUCCAAAGACAACCGGAGGGUUUUCUACAAUGAUUGGAGCGGGGAAUGCACUGCCAGUCUUUUAAUCGUCAGUACCCAACCAGGUAGUAACCUUCAGAGGUGGCAGAUCUGUCUUUCCAAAGACUUUGCUUGGACCAUCGGUUUGUGUGACAAACAAUACGGAAAGGAUUUGAAGAAGGGGCCCAUCUUUGGUCUUUGCUGCAAAAAUCACCAACUCAGCUCUGUCUCUGCAUACAGCGGUUCCUCUGCACUGAUCACACCUGAGGCUGGGCCGGGACCUGAAAAGGUGGAAGUGGUUUGGAAUUCUGUUGCUUCCUCGCUGUCCUUCUUCAGAAGAAGUGGACUGCACCGGAGGGAAGAAAUAGUCACAAUUGCGAUUAACAACGUCAACUACCCGGGCCUGGUCCCCUUUUUUCGACUGGAAAUGGAAAAUGCACAAAGCAGUGCAAAUUCUUCCCAGAUUCAAUGGAAGUGCACCUGUGGAAGAGAUUACAAGGAAGCCAAUUAUUACAGACAACAAUAUGGCAGUGUCAUGAACCAGAAAAACUGUCCCUGCGGAAAAAUCCUUGGUGGUCGCUUCACAGAGGUUGUUUGUGAACUUGUGUAAUUUGUGGGUCACCUAUGGUCUUUGCUAAUCAAUAUACAAAGAAGUACAUGGGAAAAACCUCUGAAGGGAAAAGUCUUUUGAUUUCAUGACAUGAAUAGAAAUGUCACAUUUAAGCUGUCAAAUGGUAAUGUAGUGCUAUUGGAUUAGAGAUAGGCUUAUGGUGUGAUUUGUCUUUUAGUUUAAAUAUGCACAUUAUACACAAGUGUUAAUAGAGAUUAGACAAAAUGGCGGCUAGACAAGAAACACCUACAAUAAAUAUCGCUGACUAAUAAACUGUCUACACAAAAAGUCUCAAACUAUUGGU